GCCAGAGGGGGAAGCAUCGUGCACUGGCGCAUGCGUGGGGAAGAUGCUAUUUCAAAGCUGGCGGAGGCCGAGUCAGAGCAUACACGGAAGCUGUCCUUGUUCGUUUGCGACAUGAACGACGGGCUCGAGAAUGCUUGUCAACUGCUCUAUCAGGUUCACAGACGAGGCCUCUUCGACUCCCCAUGUUUGGCGGUGGUCACUUUCAAGAACACCUGCCGGUCCAAGCGGGAAUUUCAUGACCGCAAGCGCGCUAUGAUGAGGCGGCUCAAGCGUGACGGUGUACUGCACUUUAUCCAUGAGAUUCAUCUCUUUGCGAAUAC